GGCAUGUCCUCAAGAACCUCCCUCGUCAUCAUCGGCUACGCCAUCCCCAUCGCUGGGAUGGUCGUAUGCACCGGCCUCCGUCUGAUCGCCAAAUGGACCACCUCUUCGACCGAACGCUUCUUGAUCGACGAUUAUCUGAUCUUGCUCGGCACCGCCCUGGAGAUCUCAGACUGCGCCGUCAUGCUUGCCUAUGGCGUCAAAUAUGGGUUCGGCAAACACGUCACCGACUUGACCGCGUACGACCUCAUGAUGUUCCUCAAGGGCGACUACAUCGUCAGCCAUCUGUACAACGUCGGCCUGGCCACCGUCAAACUCGGCAUCCUCGCCCUGUACUACCGCAUCUUCGCCGUGGCCUCCUUCCGCCGUGCCGUCCUCGCCUGCGCCCUGGUCAUCGGCCUCUGGAUCUUCACCAUCGAGAUCUUCAUGGGCCUCCUCUGCCGUCCCUUGGCCCAUUACUGGGACUCGGCUCAUGUCAAGGGCAAAUGCUUCGAUGCCACCGCCAUGACAUACUACGUCAACACCUCCAACAUGAUCACCGACAUCGUCAUCUUCGCCCUGCCGAUUCCCGUCAUUCUGCGUCUCCGCACCUCCAAACACAACAGAGUCGCCUUGAUCGCCAUCUUUUCCAUCGGCUUCAUGACCUGCGGAAUCAGCGCGGCUCGGCUGGCUUAUGUCUUUGCCCAAAGUUCUCCAGACAUUACUUGGGACGGCGUUCCGCUCGGGGUGCUCUCCGCCUUUGAAUCGCUAGGAGGCAUCAUCUGCGCCAACCUGCCAGUCGUGUACCGACUGUUCAAGCAGGCCGCGCAGAAGAUCACAAGCCACACGCGCAGCUCGACGGCCCGCCGGACGGCAUACGGAUCGCGCACGAUGAGCAAACGCCUCCAUCGGGGGAGCGCGGCGGGCCUGACGACCGAUCCGUGGGUGCGGCUCAACAAUGCCUCGUCGAAUGGCUCCGAGGGCUUCGAGAUGGAUAAAGUGCCGGUCAAUGCGAUCUCAGUGCAGCAGGAGGUGUUUAUCUUGGAGGGGAGCGGGAAUCUGGAAACAGAGCGGUUUUAG